CAGAGGCACGGCUGGCUCCCCGGGAGGGCCCUUGCGGCGCGGGGCGCAGUGCCUAGGUCCCCCGGGUCGCCUGCGUUGCGGGGAGCGCAGCACAGGCUCUCGCUUGCCAUGAGCCACCUCUUCGAUCCCCGGCUGUCUGCCCUGGCAGCCUCGCCCAUGCUCUAUCUGUACGGUCCCGAGAGACCCGGGCUGCCUCUGGCCUUCGCCCCCGCGGCUGCUCUGGCUGCCUCGGGCCGGGCCGAGACCCCCCAGAAGCCUCCCUACAGCUACAUCGCGCUCAUCGCCAUGGCGAUCCAGGACGCGCCCGAGCAGAGGGUCACGCUCAACGGCAUCUACCAGUUUAUCAUGGACCGCUUCCCCUUCUACCACGACAACCGGCAGGGCUGGCAAAACAGCAUCCGCCACAACCUCUCACUCAACGACUGCUUCGUCAAGGUGCCCCGCGAGAAAGGGCGGCCAGGCAAGGGCAGCUACUGGACGUUGGACCCCCGCUGCCUGGACAUGUUUGAGAACGGCAACUACCGGCGCCGGAAGAGGAAGCCCAAGCCGGACCCCGGGGCCCCGGAGGCCAAGAGGCCCCGCGCCGAGACGCAUGAGCGCAGCGCGGAGGCGCAGCCGGAGGCGGGGAGCGGGGCAGGGGGCUCGGGCCCUGCAAUCCCACGCCUGGAGGGAGCGCCUGCGGGCCCCUCGCCCCUCCUGGACCGCCCCUCUCCGCCGGCGCCCCUCCACUGGCCGGGGAUCGCGUCCCCAGACGAGGACGCCGGUGACGCUGUCCAAGGCGCAGCGGCAGUGGCGGUCGGCCAGCCAGCGCGCACGGGGGACGGCCCGGGGUCCCCUCUGCGCCCCGCCUCCCGCAGCUCUCCGAAGAGCUCCGACAAGUCCAAGAGCUUCAGCAUAGACAGCAUCCUGGCGGGAAGGCAGGGCCAGAAGCCGCCUGCAGGGGACGAGCUCCUGGGGGGCGCCAAGCCCGGGCCCGGCGGCCGUCUGAGUGCCUCGCUCCUGGCCGCCUCCUCCAGCCUCCGUCCGCCUUUCAACGCUUCCCUGAUGCUCGACCCGCACGUCCAGGGCGGUUUUUACCAGCUCGGGAUCCCCUUCCUCUCCUAUUUCCCCCUGCAGCUUCCCGACACCGUGCUCCACUUCCAGUAAAGCAAACGAUGGCGCGGUUCUUCUCCCGGCCCAGCCUGCGCCUCCGCUGAGCGAAAGACCACA